AUGCAGCACCAGGCAGCACCAAGUGCAAAAGAAAGCCUGAAAAUGAUCGACCGGGGCUGCCAUGAGGCCGCGCGUCCUCUGGGGCUGCCAUGAGGCCGCGCGUCCUCUGCUUGUGCGGCCUCCUCGGAGCAGGAUGCAGCCUCACCAUCUAUCCGCCGGCGCCGGGCGACGAGGUCGACGCCACUGCUCAUUUAUCGAUCGACGGCCGAGAGCUGCCGCUCGUCGUCGAGCCCGGCUCCGGGAAGCGCUGCGACGGGCACCCGGCGCUCCCGUCCAGCCGCGCGCGCUUCGCGAGCGACGGGACCACGCGCGCCAUCCUCAGCCUCGGCGCGACGCGCGGCGCGAGGCUGCGCGCCGUGGGAAGAGACGUGCGAGUCGACGCGACGAACGGCUCCUUGGCGUUCGUGCUCGACCGGCCGGACCACUACGUGCUGCGCGUCGCCGGCCGCCGGUUCUACUUCUGGGUCGACCCGCUCGCGGCGCUGGCGCGGCCCGCGGGCGCGGCGUCGUACGACGCGGAGCGGCGCCCCGGCGACUGGCUCGCGCGGGCCCUCGACGCCGGCCCCGUGGCCCUCGAGGCGGGCCUCCACCGCUCGCCCGCGUUCCUGAUACCAUCCCGCGGCGAGCUGCACCUCGCCCCGGGCGCGGUCCUGCGCUACGACGGGAGUGGCGGCGGCGCCGGCUUCGUCACCGUGCGAGGGGAGAACGUCACCGUCGGCGGCGUCGGAACGAUAGACGCGUCGGACUUCGGGCCGGGGCACAACCUCCUCCUGGACGGGGCCACGCACGUCCGCGUCCUCGACGUCUUCUUUACGAAGAGCAGAUGGUGGGCGCUGCGCAUUCGCGACUGCGACGACGUGGCGCUCGACCGCGUCAAGGUCUUUAGCGGCACCGACGGCGUCGACGUCGACGCGUCGCGCGACGUGCGCAUCGGUCGGGCCUUCGUGCACGCCUGGGACGACGCCAUCGCGAUCAAGGCCACGGUCGCCGCGGAGGCGCGGGGCGUCCUCGCGGAGCACUGCCUCGUGUCGAGCCGGAAGUCCGCCUUUAAAAUAGGCACGGAGACGCUCGGGGACAUCCGGGACGUCACCGUCCGCCGCUGCGACGCCUUCGAGACGGCGCGCGGCGUCUUGAUGGUGGGCAAGGACGGCGGCCGCAUAGGAGACGUUCUCUUCGAGGACCUCUCGAUUCAGCUGCGCGCGUACGCGGACGAGCCCAAGGCGGGGCGACCCAUCGUCGUGGAGCUCAUGCGCCGGCUCGGCAGCUCGCGGUUCCGAACUGUGUGGAAAUCAAAAUUUCACGGCGCCGUCGUGCUGAAUCGUCCCGUCGUCCUCCACGCCAUCGACGCGAUGCCUGCUCGAUGGCGUGGCGAUGCCGGUUCCUCACCGCUCGACCGAACCAGGUCGGCCGCGUCAAGUGCACCCGGCGCACUGGUUGAUUUCCACACAGGUUCCGAAACGUGGUCUUCCGAAGAGUGCGGAGCGAUCUGCGCGCGCCGCUCUAUUUCGGAGGCAACGCGCGGACCGCGCUCUCCGGGAUCCGGCUCGUCGACGUCGAACUGGCCGUGGCCGCCGCGCCGUCGCCGACGAGAUCGUUCCUCGCGGAGUGCUCCGAGGUCGCGCCGCGGGGCGUCGCGAGCGAAAACCUCACGGUCCGCUGGAACGGCUUCCGCAGAGCGUGGGCGGGCGUCUCCGAUCGCGGCGGCGGCGCGGACUGCGGGUCGCUCUGGGUGGCGACCGUCCACACGGCCGUCGAAACCUGGCGCCGAAGCGGCGUCGCGCCGGCGCUGCGGCGGCGCUUCGGACGCGACGACGCCGCGAAGCGGAAGUCCGCGCGCGCGGAAAUGGCCUCUCGCGUGCGCGAGGGGGCGAGUUAG